ACCAAAUUCACAUAUUGAUGAAAGGCAUGUUGAUGUCGACCAACUGAUUCAAGAUGCCCUUGGACAUCUGUAUGAUGGCACACCUAUGACUGAAGGUCAAGAAUCGGCCCAGGGACCCAAUAUUGAAGCACAACAGUUUUAUACACAACUUGAAGAUUCGAAAAGGCCUUUAUGGAUAGGCUGUGAGCUCACUCAACUAACUUUAUUUGUGCUUCUGUUUAAUAUCAAAUCCAUCAACAAAUGGUCUGAUAAAUCUUUUGGUGAUCUACUUGAGGUUCUGCAUAUGGCAAUCCCUAAUGGAAAUGAGCUACCAAAGAACUUUUAUGCAGCUAAGAAAAUAAUCUCUAAAUUUGGACUUGGAUACGAAAAUAUUGAUGCCUGCCCAAACAACUGCCAGUUGUAUUGGAGGGAAAAGAAGAAUGAUGAUUUUUGUGCAAUCUGUAAGGUUUCGAGGUGGAAGGAUAAGGAUCCCACGUCUGUACUAACAAAGAAGGAAAGAAAGAAAGCAACACCCUGCAAAGUUUUACGAUACUUUCCAAUUAAAGAGAGGCUGAAAAGAAUGUUUAUGUGUAGAGAAACAGCUUCUCUUCUAAGAUGGCAUGACGAGGAGCGCAUUAAGGAUGGUGCAUUAAGACAUCCUGCUGAUGCACCGGUGUGGAAGAGGUUUGAUGAAAAGUUCCUAGGAUUUGCAUCAGAAUCACGUAAUAUUCGUUUUGGUUUGGCUACUGAUGGAUUUAAUCCAUUUGGGAUGAUGAGCUCUACACAUAGUUGUUGGCCUGUUAUAUUGGUGGUAUAUAACCUUCCUCCAUGGCUUUGCAUGAAAGAUCACAACCUUAUGCUCUCUUUAUUGAUUCCUGGUCCUAAAAGUCCUGGAGAUAGAAUUCAUGUGUUCCUUGAGCCACUCUUGGAUGACCUAAAGGAAUUAUUUCUAACCGGCUUGUACACAUAUGAUGCAUCAAGAGAUGAGAGUUUUACUAUGCGAGGGGCCGUGCUUAUGACCAUAAGUGAUCUUCCUGGUUUAGGAAUGCUUGCUUCUCAUAUGGUUCAUGGGAAAUUCGCAUGCCCUCCUUGUGGUGAAAAUGUAUGGACAAAACAGCUGAAGAAUGGUCGUAAAUCUUGUUUUAUGGGGAAUCGCCAAUAUAUUGAUCUUGAUCAUUCUUAUCGCUUGGAUGCAGACUCAUUUGAUGGAACGAUAGAGCUUCGAACAAAACCUAAAACCUAUUAUGAUCGUCCAAUUUUGGAUGAAAUCAUCACACUUGGUGAUUUCAAGAACUCAAAAACUUACAAGUCAGUUAGUAGUCUAUUCAAAUUGCCAUAUUGGGAUGAUAAUAUUCUUCGAUACAAUCUUGAUGUGAUGCAUAUAGAGAAGAAUGUAUUUGACAAUUGUUAUGGUACAAUAUCCAAUUUGGAUGGAAGGACAAAAGAUAACCUACAAGCUCGUCUAGAUCUUGUCGAGAUGAACAUUAGACCGGACCUCCAUCCACAAGAAAAACCUUCAGGAAAGUUUUACUUGCCACCAGCUUUAUUUGCUAUGUCUAAAAGUGAGAGACGAGCAUUUUGUGAUUUUCUUAGAAAGGUUAAAGUUCCUGAUGGUUAUUGUAGAAACAUAUCAAAAUGUGUUAAUGUUACUGAAGGAAAGAUUGUUGGCCUUAAAACACAUGACUGUCAUGUCCUGAUGCAGCAGCUCAUGCCUAUUGGUUUGAGGGGUCUUCUUCCAGAUGAUAUCACAACUGUAAUAUUUGAGUUGUCUGCUUAUUUUCGAGGGAUAUGUUCUAAAGUGCUUCAUGUUAACGAGUUGGACCAUAUGGAAAAAUCAAUUGGCAUUACUCUAUGCAAAAUGGAGAUGAUCUUUCCACCAGGGUUUUUCACGGUUAUGGUUCAUUUAGUAGUCCAUCUAGCAACUGAAUGUAAGCUUGGUGGACCAGUUAACUAUAGAUGGAUGUAUUUUAUUGAGAGGUACCUAGGAAAAUUGAAAUCAUAUGUUCGGAACAAAGCAUAUCCAGAAGCUUCAAUAGCAAAUUCAUUCUUGGCAGAUGAGUGUAUGGUGUUUUGUUCUAGGUACAUAGAAGGUUUCGCUACCAAGCAUAAUAAACCAUCACGGAACGAUGAUAGUUUGGACCAUACCCUAGUGGAUCUGAACCAAAAUUCUCAAACCAAAGUUCUACCCUCUCAACUGAUCUGCACCGUCUGGACAGCAGCCUCAAUAACGUUAAGUUUUAAAUGGUAA